AACGCCGGUUACAGGUUACUGGAUCUUACAACUUUACAACCAAAACGCUUUUGUCGCUUAUCGCAGCCCCAAUAUGACCGCCCUCAAAGUUUUAGUGAUCUUCAGUGCCCUCCUAGCGCUGGCCUAUUCAUCACCACAUCCCGGCUUCUUUGGUAGCAAACACGAACACCACACCAUCCAUGUACCCUACAAGGUGCACACCAUUCACCAUCAUCACAUCAAGAAGGUGCCCGUCGUCAAAGAGGUCAUUAAGGAGGUGGAAGUGAUCAAGCAUGUACCAAUCUAUAAGGAAGUGCAUGUGCCAGUGAUUAAGGAAGUGCACGUGCCAGUGCAUGUACAUCACGAGCAGGAACAUCAUCACAUUGAGGAAGAUCAUCAUGAUUACCACAAGGGCGGCUGGUAUUAAGUAGAGGGGGGAGUUGGGCGCUCACCCACAGCGAGGGGCGUAUUGCCAGUGGCAAUGCUCUAGUUACACUUUUAGUUAUAUGUUAUGUUAAUGCAUACAUACAUACAUACAUAAAU